AUGCAACACCUUGGACAGAACUCCAGUGCUGACCACCGUGUGCGUCUGGAUCUGGGGCUGUGGGACAAGUUCAGCGAGUUGGCCACCAAGUGCAUUAUCAAGAUCGUGGAGUUUGCCAAACGCGUACCCGGCUUCACCGGACUCACCAUCGCUGACCAGAUCACCCUCCUCAAAGCAGCCUGCCUCGACAUCCUGAUCCUGCGCAUCUGCACGCGCUACACGCCUGACCAGGACACGAUGACGUUCUCCGACGGGCUGACGCUGAACCGCACGCAGAUGCACAACGCGGGCUUCGGGCCGCUGACGGACCUGGUGUUCACCUUCGCCACGCAGCUGCUGCCCAUCGAGAUGGACGACACCGAGACCGGCCUGCUCAGCGCCAUAUGCCUCAUCUCCGGAGACCGGCAGGACUUGGAGGAGCCCUCUAAGGUGGACGAGCUGCAGGAGCCGCUGCUGGAGGCGCUGAAGAUCUACGUGAGGAAGAGGAGGCCCAGCAAGCCCCACAUGUUCCCCAAGACCCUGAUGAAGAUCACCGACCUGCGCAGCAUCAGCGCCAAAGGUGCGGAGCGGGUCAUCUCUCUGAAGAUGGAGAUCCCGGGCUCCAUGCCCCCCCUCAUCCAGGAGAUGCUGGAGAACUCGGAGGGAGCAGACGGCCAGAACCAGAACCAGAACCAGAACCAGAGCCAGGCCGGGGGGGAGGGGCGCGGGGGAGGGGGAGGGGGGGGCAAUGUGGGCCAGAUGUGGCCCUCCGCCGGACUGGACUUCAGAUAUCAGUAA